UUCCAAAGUCAGUUCAGUUGGCAGCGCAACUGAAAUUUUAAUUUAAAAUUAACUGAAGUUAAUACGGCAUAAUGAGCGUUCAGCAAUUCGAGCAAGAAGUUCUUCAAGCCCACAAUUCAUAUCGGGCCAAGCAUGGUGCUCAACCCCUGACUUUAAGCCCCAAACUGAAUCAGUUGGCCACGGAAUGGGCCAGUUAUUUGCUGUCCAGAAAUCGCAUGGAACAUCGCCAGAACAGUGGAUAUGGUGAGAACAUUUACAUGGCCUCCGGGGGAAAUCUGCAAGGUGCCGAUGCCGUAAGAUCCUGGUACGAAGAGAUUCGACACUACAAUUGGAAUCAUCCGUCGUUUCAAGGAAACACGGGCCAUUUCACUCAGGUGGUCUGGAAGAGCUCCACCGAGUUGGGCGUGGGCUUUGCCAAGAGGGGCAAUACCAUCUAUGUUGUGUGCAACUACAAUCCCCCCGGCAACUACAACAAUUUGUUCAGGGAGAAUGUCGCACGCCCAGCAUGCUAAGUAAUAUGUAUAUUUACCUAUAUCACGAACUUUAAAACCGCACCACUGAACUACCAAAAACUUGGGAUGAGCGAAGGCUUUGCCAAAUUUACACAAUUUUCAUAACAUUCCAAUAAUAUUUAAGAAUUUCCUAUGCCAAAGCAAU